AUGGGAAAUAAUCCACCGAAUGGACACAUUGGAACUCUUCCUCCAAAGCCUUCUUCUUCCAAACAUUUGAGCACGGCCUCAUCAUCGGGUACUACCAAUAACCCAACCACACUCCAUCUGAAUUUAGUCGUGAAUGGCAACAUGAUGGGAACGAGCACCAAUUCAUCACCGAUUGCUCCUGGAUACAAAAACGCUAAAUCUUCACAGGAAGCAGCAAUUGGUGAAUCACUCGAAAGUCAAACAAUGAAUAUACCCAAUGAAAUUACAGUCAUGUCUUUUAGCAUCCGAAGAGAUUCUGUUUUUGAUGGAAUUAAUCAAUGGAAGAAUAGAAGAGAAACAAUAACGAAUAUCAUUUUGGAGAGUAAAGCAGAUAUCAUUGCUGUUCAGGAUGGACUUCAACAUCAAAUUCUAGAUUUAUUUACAUUACUGAAUGAAAGGCAAGAACGUUCACAAUAUUUAUGGUUUGGCCUCGGACAGAAUUAUAAUCACAAUACGAAUGAAUAUUCAGGAGAAUAUAUAACAAUCUUUUAUAAUGCUGAAAAGAUUGAGCUAUUAGACCAAGGAUGUUUUUGGUAUAGCUACUCACCCUCAACGAAAGGAAGCAGAAGUUGGGAUGCUGUGGCCCCACGACUUUGUACUUGGUGCAAAUUUAGAAAUAUCAAAUCGUCCAAACAAAGUUCAUUCCAUGUAUUUAAUACUCAUUGGGACAUUGGUGUAGAGGCUAGGAGAAACUCGGCAUAUCUCAUUCGAGAAUACAUUGAAAAUUUAACCUGUGACAAGGAUGAGGAAAAUCAAAUUAUUCAACGACCGUGUAUUGUGAUGGGAAAUUUAAAUUGCUUACCUGACUCGAAUGCAGUUCAUUUGUUGAGUACUGGAAUAGAUUUGGGAGCUAAAAACAUGGAUGAUUCCAAUUCUGACGACGACACAGCGAGCGAUGGAUCUAAUUGUGACUCAGAUGACGAAGAAGAAUCAUUUAAGCUUAUCAGUGCGGAUCCAAACCAUCACCCAACCUUUGUGGGUUUGAAUGGAGAUGGAUUACAUUCUUCCUCUUCUUCUUGUAAUACUUCCACCACCACUCCUUCCAUGACUUCUAACACAAAUCCUACCACCACUACUACUUCUGACGGAAAUGUCAAUUCUUUUUCGUAUCCUCAAAAGAUACAAGGCAAAUGUACAGAUUACAUAUUUGUUUCUCCUAAUAUUCAAGUUUUGGAUUUUAGGGCUAUCACUGAAGUGAAAUGUAAAAAUACAGGGAGAAAUGCAUCCGAUCAUCUCCCAAUCAUGGCAGCUCUGUUGGUCUAG